AUGGCUGAGAAAACACCUUUCCCUUCCCCAACCAAGCGAUGGCACACCACAGCCCAACCAUCCGCAUCCCACACUCGGCCUGAACUAUCCGCCAAAGGCAAGUCUGUGGUAGUCACUGGAGGGGGCACUGGCAUCGGUGGAGAGACAGCUCGUCACUUCGCUGCGGCGGGUGCGUCUCGAAUCGCCCUUCUUGGUCGCCGAGAACAGCCCCUUCUCGACAACAAGGCGUACAUCAAGGAAAAGUUCCCCGGUGUCGAAGUCUUUAUCAAAUCCACCGACGUCACCAAAGAGAGCGAUGUAGAGGAGGCCUUCUCCCAGUUUGCCGAGAACGGAAAGAUCCACGUUCUUGUCCACAGCGCGGCUGCAGUCGGACCCAGUAAGGACUUCGAGAACUCUGUCGGCGAGGAAUACCUCGAGGGUAUCAAUACUAAUGUUGCGGGAUCUUUCUGGGUCGCGCGAUCUUUCCUUCGUCACUCGGUGCCGGAUGCGGUCGUCGUCGCUAUUAACUCUUGGGGCUCAUAUUUGAGUGUCAACAAUAACUUCGCUUCUUACUGUGUCGCUAAGCUGGCUACAUACCGUCUCUGGGAUACUGUCGCAAUUUUGAAACCGAAGCUGUACAUUUUCCAUACCCAGCCGGGUGUGAUUCUCACUGAGAUGAACUUGAAAGCUGGCGGCGCUGAGAGCUUCAAGAAUAUUAAAGCCGACGAUGUGUCUCUACCUGCCAGCUUCAACCUUUGGCUUUCUAGUCCCGAAGCUCGGUUCCUAAAGAAUAAAUUUCUAUGGUGCAACUGGGACGUGGAAGAACUCAAGGCCCAAGCCAAGGAAAUUGAAAGCACUCAGAAAUUUAGCAUUGGACUUGUGGGAUGGCCGUUUGAAAACGCCAAUUAG